UCCCUAAGUAAUAAAAAUAAUUCUUAAUCUUUUAAUUCAUUUCCACGAAUUGGAAGUACCACGAACCAGAGUAUUGAAACGAAUCCAAUUAAGUCAAAUAGCGCAAAUACCUAAAAUGGAAAUGUAAUGAGUGAUGUAAUGUACUGCGUAAGUUUGCAAUGAGCCGAGACGUUCAUUUCGUGAGAAUUCGUAUUCAACUGGAGCCCGGUUGCGAGGUCAUCCCUCAGGUUGCCUACAGUUCGGAUAAGAGCGAGCGAGACGAACUUCAGUCAAUCGGUGUUCCAAAAAGUAGCGAAAGCUCGAAUCCUGAAGAGGCCCUACGAGAGCGUCUUGGGAGACGGCGCUUUGAAGAAAUUCGUAUAGAAACCUUGAUGGAUACCAAGAAACAUCAAUCAAAAGCCGGAGAAGGCGAAGGGUCGAGGUGUACGGAAGUUCCUGAAAGAACAGUUGAUGAUGCAAGUGGUAGUGGACAACUCGAGCAGGUUCAGUUCUUCAGUGGUAAUCAUUGCGUUGAAGUGACCAAGGGCAUUUUACAUCUAUUCAAAGAAGAUCGGAAAACCACCAUUGACCCCGACUGUAGCCGAUCUCUGAUGCUAUGUAUGAUGGCGGUGCCGGCCUACUUACCACUACACGAUCUGCUACAAUUUGUGGCACCAUUUUCGCCCCACACUGAGCAUAUUCGCGUCAUUCGUGAUGGGAAACCUAAUGUGUAUAUGGUUCUUUUACGUUUUCGGUCUCAAAAGGCCACCGAUGAGUUCUACGAGGGUUUCAAUGGAAAACCCUUCAAUUCAAUCGAGGGUGAUAUCUGCCACCUUGUUUACGUUGCUAAGGUCGAAGUAAUUAGUGGAAGCAGCACGGAGGAUAGUCGAAGUGAUGGAUACAGUUGGACGCGAUUGGAUGUAGGCCCUAUUACAGGUCACACGGAGUUGCCUACCUGUCCUGUUUGCCUUGAGCGAAUGGAUGAAAGUAUCGAAGGUGUAUUAACUAUCCUGUGUAACCACUCGUUUCACGAUACCUGUCUCGCCAAAUGGCAUGGCGACAACAACACUUGCCCUGUAUGCAGGUAUACGCAAACUCCACAACUAGAAGCGGAGAACUGCUGUCAAACAUGUGGAGCUACAGAGAAUCUCUGGAUAUGCCUCCUUUGCGGCCAUAUUGGCUGCGGCCGCUAUGUGGCUGGCCAUGCAAACAUGCAUUACAGCCGUACUGAGCAUACAUUUGCUAUGCAGUUAGAUAAUCGCUCCGUAUGGGACUAUGCCGGUGAUAAUUACGUUCACCGUCUUGUGCAAAACAAAACAGAUGGCAAACUAGUCCAGUUGGAAUCGCCUGUUGGCGGAGCGACUAUGAACGAAAAAGUAGAUUCGGUUCAGCUUGAAUAUACCUACCUGUUAACAUCACAGUUAGAACAGCAACGGCGUUUCUUUGAGGAAUCAGUCGAACAACAGGCGAAAGAAAGCGCUCGUCAAAUCGAAGAGCUUAAGGAGAAGACACGAAUCGCCGUCGAAGAAAGAAAGGAGCUUGAAGGAAAGAUGGGACAGGUGAUUAAAGAGAGAGAUUCAGCGCGAAAAAAACUUGACGCAAUGACUAUGCAAUGUGUUAAAAUCAAAAAAGAGUUGCAAGAUGAACGUCAAUUGAGUCAAUGUCUUCUGGCUGAUCAGAAAGGUUGGCAAACAAGACUUGAAGCACUCGAGACAAGCACAGCCAAAUCAAAACAGGAAUCCGAUUCCAAGAUAAGUGAAUUGGAGGAGCAGUUGCGUGAUGUCCUGUUUUUUCUUGAGGCAAAAUCAAAAAUAGAGAGGCAGCCCGAAGAACUCCGUGAGGAUAUGGCCGGAGGAAGCAUCCAUAUUACUCCGAGUGCAGGUGCCAGUAGUUGUUCAAGCAGAAGUACCCCUGGCAGGGGCACGGUGGCGAGCGGUGGAGCUCGACCUCGCAAAAGUAAUCGGAAAAAAUAAAUGGAGGUAGAGAGUACCCAUUCCGAAUCAAUAGUCAAUUGAGUUUACCACGCAAAGACUUGGUUCUCUUCGUGCUUGAUCUCUAAGGAAAAGGUUCAUUCAAAAGCAACUUUGCAUACAUAAGUGAAGCAUGGCACAAUAUAUACAGCGCUCAGUAAAAUGGUCACUUUAAAUACUAAGAGUAAUAAAAUUACCGUCUGGUAACCGAGGAGGAAUAAUUGACUGUAGAGCCCAGCUCAUUCGCAGUGUAUCAUUUAUUGAUAAUAAUGUUUUGCACAAGGUCUAUUCGCUGAUAAUUAAUCGUCACUAUCUUUAACUGAUAACGGAAUUUUUUGAGACGAUUCUUUAUCUGUAUAGAUAUAGGAAUAUAUCUGUUAAAAUCACCUCUGCAAGGGAAUAUAUACAGCGUGGUUUGUUCAAGUUAUGGCGGACUCCUUGUCGUAAUGGGCAUGCAUCCAUCCGUUGCUUUGAGUGCCAAACGAGAGCCACUUACUUUUAGAACAAAAAACGUCAUGGCGAAUAGCAUUGCGUCGUUUCUGGAAUUUGAGUUAAAAUAAGCUUUUAUACAAUCUGGGCGAACUGUCAUCAAGGUUUAGAACUUCUUUUGUUUGGCUGAAAGCGACAUUGUUUUUUACUGUUAAUUUUCGUACGGAGAAAAACUUUGAUGGCUCAACCGAAAGAUUUUCAAUUGGGUUUAGGUUAAAAAAGCUUGAAAAUUUAUCGAAAUGGUUCAAAACGUUACUUUUGAUGCACACAGAUAUUUAAUACGCGGUGUAGGUUCUGACAUAAAUCCUGCCGUAAAUUCACUUUCAGACGGCUUCGAAGUUCGUGCUGGAAGCCAGCCGUCUGAUAGAAUGCGUAGCGGUAGCAUCGGACGUGACAUUUGAAACAUUUAGAAGUUUAAUUGUGAAAUAACGGGUUUUAAAGAAAAAAAAAAAUCAUUGAGAUAAGCUCCAACUGGUAGCCUAUUUGAGACGUUGAGCCUUUUCGCACUUUUAGAUUUUUUUGGUUGUUUUCAGUUCUUACAUAUACAUAUAAUCUAUUCUCCCAACAGCACCAGAACUUCAUUGCAAUUACAAAUAUCUCCUCAAUGUUAGUCCACAUACAUCUUGCAUGUAAAAUAUACCAUUAAACGUUUUGCAGCGGAUAAUAGAAAAUGUUUCGAAUGCUUCCUUUAUUACUUCGAAGGAUAAAACUUGAAAUAGUCAUUUGAUGCCUCAACCAGAAUCAUUCAAAAUGCCCCCAACGAUUAAAUACUGACGGUGAUACUAUCCAAUAAUAACAAGCGCAAGAGCGACUUUUAAUUGUUGCAGAAUAAAUGUUAAUUUAUGUCUUAAAUGUAUGUAUCUUGAGUAUAUAAAUAUCCGUUCAUUACUUACUCGUACGUACUCUGUUUCUUCGCCUUUCACUUCUCUAUAUUGAUCAAAGAAUCCAAUUUAGUUUUACUCCAAUGGUGAGCUUUGAAUCGCUUAGAUAAUGCAACAACAGUAAAAAUGAACAGGUGGUAGGCAUGUUGACUUAAUUGGUAACUGAGAUUUCUUCAAUAAA